UUCGUCGAGAAGUCUUCUAGAACGACUUUUAGUAGUCAAAAAUAUCUGAACAAUUAAAUGCAACUUCUGUCGCUUUGCGCCGUAAUUGGCACAACCGCGGCUUGUAGCAUGGGGACGGGGACUAGCUUGGGCACCAGCAGCUUUUGUAAUAGCUACCCUACAGUGCAGCAUGGCUUCACAACUUCCACGGCGAAUCAUUAAGGAAACCCAGCGAUUGAUGGCCGAGCCAGUUCCGGGGAUAAGCGCCGUGCCCGACGAGCAGAAUGCCAGAUACUUUCACGUGGUGGUCACAGGUCCUGAAGGCUCGCCAUUUGAUGGAGGUGUAUUCAAGCUAGAACUGUUCCUGCCCGAAGAGUACCCGAUGUCGGCGCCUAAAGUUCGUUUCAUGACAAAAAUCUACCACCCGAACAUCGACAAGCUAGGCAGGAUCUGUCUUGACAUUCUUAAAGACAAGUGGUCGCCGGCGCUGCAGAUCCGAACCGUGCUGCUCUCGAUCCAGGCGCUGCUCAGCGCGCCCAACCCGGACGAUCCGCUCGCCAACGACGUGGCCGAGCUGUGGAAGUGCGACGAGGCGGAGGCGAUCCGGAACGCGCGCGACUGGACCCGACUGUACGCCAUGGGCGGCAACUGAGGCAGCCGUGCCGGCCCGAACUAGCAACCAAUUGGACGGAGGCGAGCGCGAUCCUCGGCGGAUGGCCGUCAGGGGCGCAGUACCGGGGGUAAGACUGCUGGAUCUGGGGUGACCGGGGACCCGCUGGGGCGCCCCAUCCGGCCCGGUGCCGCGAUGGAGUCUGCGCUGCCGAGAGGCCCUGCCCCCGUAAUUGUCCGGCGCGCGCCCGUCUCCACGGUCGGAACUGUGCUAACCCCGUCACAUUCCCAGUGUCACGGUACCGACUCCCCGCCUGUGAUAGGGCGGCCCGACCAGCCCGCCCGCCGCGCCGCAGGCACCACCUCCGCCGCCGACCGGUCACAACCAGUGUGUGUAACGGUGGCGCCGCCUGGGCUGAGAGCGGACCGCCCGCAGUGGCAUUUGCGUAUUGUCCGGCCUGACGUGCGCCGCCAGUCCGCUGGAAGACCGGUUUUUUUUAUUUGUCUGGCAGCCGUGCUUAUCAGCCAGCCGUUUUCACAGUUGAGCGUUUCACGUUGGGGCGGGAUUUUAACGUUGUCUGAUGUAUCAUGUUUCGCCGUAGGUGGAUGUCCUAUCCAGACCGUGGAGAAGUGGCUGAAUAAUUUGAAUGCGAAGCUUAGUGAAUGGACCGUUCUGACGUUAUGUACCUAUCCAAUAUACAUUAUACAUACGUGUACUUACAUGAA